AACGCACAGGAGGCUUGGGGAGAACGUAGGUAAGCUGACGGGCUGAGGUCCCUACAGGUCAAGUACAGGUAGGCUGACCAUCGGGGGAGGGUAACAUGACCUAACCAUGUCAGCUUACCUACGUUCUCGGCUCAGGUUUAUCAACACCACCCCCCGGCACGUCAAUGACUAGCUUGGGAACGGGGCAAGUGUUUUUUUUUCCUUCGGUCGUCUUCUUUGCUUUGGUUCUGUCUUCAUUGGCAACAUGGAAAAGAUUGACUGUGUCGUAGUGGGCGCCGGAUGGUACGGCUUAGGCGCCGCGAAGCAGUAUCACUGCACGCAGCCGCGGUCUUCUCUGGUCAUCUUCGACUCCCAGCCCACCCUUGGCGGCACAUGGGCGAAUGAGCGCUUGUACCCAGGCUUGAAGAGCAACAACUUGCUGGGGACAUACGAGUACCCAGACUUUCCCAUGGACAGUGAGACGUUCAACAUUCAACCAGGACAACACAUUCCCGGCCAGACCAUUCACGCCUACAUCAAAGCAUAUGCGGACAAAUUCGGCAUCGCAGACAAGGUCCGGUCCAGCCACAAAGUCCUCGUUGCCGAACAUCAAGAGACCGCCGAGGGAGGCUGGGUCUUGACCGUUCUCAAUGCGAACAAGGAAGAGUCCAAGGUGUUUGCUCGCCGACUAAUUGUCGCGACCGGCAUGACCUCGGAACCAUGGCUGCCUCAUUUCGAGGGCCAGGAGUCCUUCGGCGGCCGCGUCUUCCACGGCAAGCAUUUCCAGCAGAACGCCGACACCCUAAAGACGGCGAGUACGGUGACUGUGUUUGGCGGCACCAAGUUCGCUUGGGAUGCGGUCUACGCCUACGCAACUGCCGGAGUGAAGGUCAACUGGGUUAUUCGGUCAACAGGACACGGUCCAUGCUGGAUGGCACCCCCGUUCGUGACGCCGCUGAGCAAGUGGCUGGAGAAGCUUGCCAAUACAAGAAUGCUGACUUGGUUCAGCCCGUGUGUAUGGGGCGAUGCUGAUGGCUACACGGGCAUCCGCGGCUUCCUCCACGGCACUGCAGUUGGCCGGGCCAUUGUCGACACCUUCUGGAAGAUCCUGGGAGGUGACGUGAUGACUCUCAAUGCCUACGACUCGCAUCCAAACACGGCCAAGCUGAAGCCGUGGACCGAGCCCAUGUUCACUGGUCCCAGCUUCAGUAUCCUCAACUACGACACCAACUUCUUCGAGCUCAUCAAGAGCGGAAUCGUCGACGUUCACCUAGGCGAGAUCGAUCGCCUCACCCCCGGCAAGGUCCAUCUGUCGGACGGGACCGAGUUCGCUGCGGAUGUGCUUCUCGCACACACUGGUUGGAAGCAUGUUCCGCCAAUCAAGUUCCUCCCCGAAGGCAUUGAAACGGAACUCGGCCUUCCCCAUGCACCCCCCCACGAUGCGCCACGCGAGGAUCUUGCUGGCCAGACCGACUUGGUUGACCGCGCCGACAAGGAGAUCCUCGAGCGUUUCCCGCGACUCAAGAACCAGCCCGUCUGGAACAAGGCCUACGUCCCACUGACCGAGCAGAAGGGCAUCGACAGCGACGACACAGUCACCCCUUACAAGCCUCUCACGCCGUAUAUGCUUCACCACUUCAUAGUCCCGCCUUCGGAACGCUUCUUACGAACCCGCGACACGGCAUUUGUAGGCAUGGUCAGCAACUUCAGCAACGUCAUCACAGCCCAUCUCCAGGGCCUGUGGAUCAGCGCCUACUUCUCCGGCCUCCUCGUCAACGAUCCCGCGGCGGCCGUGGGCGACGAGGCCACGUUGGAGAAGCUGCAGUAUGACACGAUCCUGAUGAACCGUUUCGGCCACUGGCGUUACCCGACCGACUGGGGCUCCAACAAGUGCCCCAGCUUCGUCUUUGAUGCCGUUCCGUACCUGGAUUUGCUGCAGCGCGAUCUUGGACUGGCCCCGUACCACAAGAAGGGCUUCAUGGCCGAGGUCUACUCGCCCUAUGGACCAGAAGACUACCGAUAUGUCAAUGAUGAGUGGCAGAAGAAGUUUGGUGCUGGCAAAGUGGUCGAUGCUUCGAGCUGAAGCGGUCCUGACCUCCGAGAUCCUUCAGUAUUCUGGUGGUAAAAGCCCAAUAAAAGCCCCUCAUGGUUCAGCACUGGAACAUCACGUAGCCAUGAUAAUAUGAAUUGGCGAGGGGGGCUAUGGGACGGGUCAAUUGAUGGCUCUGGCAGCUGCUGUACGCUGCAGGUUGCAAAGUAACGGAAGUUCGACGAAUCUCGAGGCCAAAUCGUGACUUGCCGCCUCGUGAUUCCACAUAGCAAUAUCAUUGAUGUCGCUGAUCCAUGAUCC